UAGCCCGCGAGCGGCAGGAUCGCGGCGGAGGGAGUAUGGAGAGCAGCGACGAGGCGGCCAGCGAGAACCACCGCGUCCACUUGCGUCCCGUCACGCUGCGCGACGCCGCCCCCGCUGCGCUGCACCUGCUGCCCUGUGAGGUGCUGGUGAGCCAGUCGGCCCCCGUGGGGCGCUACUUCACGCCCGCCAUCCGCCAGGGUCCCGACGGACUCGAAGUAUCGUUUCGGGGCCGCAGUCUACGGGGCGAGGAAGUGGCGGUGCCGCCCGGCCUCCUGGGAUACGUGAUGGAGAACGAAGAGAAGUUGAUAGGGAAGGAGGACUUCUCGGGGGGUUUGGAAAAUGACAAUCAGGAAGAGGAGCGAGAGCCGCUGGAGCGGGACUUUGACCGCUCUAUCAGAGCCACCGCCAGUUUCAGCCACUUCACUCUGUGGGGCCUGGAGACCAUCCCUGGCCCGGAUGCCAAAGUGCGCGGAGCCCUAACUUGGCCCAGCCUCGCUGCAGCGAUUCACGCACAGGUGCCAGAAGACUGAGAGCCAGAGCUUGACAUUGAAAGCCAUCGCUACCUUCACAGCAAUAAACCAGCUCUUCACUUUGGAGCCAGAGUCCAUCACUCCAAUAAACAAGCUCUUCACAGCA